AUGUGCAUGAUUCAUGUAUACCUAGCUCAGGGGCAACCUGCCCAAGGGCAGAACAUGUUGCGACUUCUCCGACCGGAGCAGAUGCGAACGAUCAAUUACCUCACCGAUGACGAGAAACGAAAGUACGAAAAUGGGCUUCAAGGACUAUACACAAAGAUGGAACAGCACGGACCAGAGACUCGAGAGCAUCAAGAAGCCAAAGCCAAAGUCGCCGAGUUCUCUCGAAUGGUUUAUAAUAAAGUCAAAACUAUACAAGCAAGAAAUCAAGCAAAUUCUCAGGACCAACCAGGUCGGCCCAAUCCACAGCAGCAAAAUAUACAGAGUGAGCAAGCUCAGAGCAGCUUGGCUGCACCCCAACGACCGGCGAGUAGGCCAGCGGGAGCAGGGCCGAGUAGUAAUGUCGCAACUCCUAGUGCUGCCGCGCCCAAUGCCACUCCAGUCGGGCAGCAGGCCCCUCAGGGUGUGCCUAAGGCUCUUAUGGAUCAUGUAAACAAGCUUCCAUGGCAAGCUCUGCGGAUACCGCCCCAGAUAACGCCGGAACAGGGCCAGAAAUGGUUGGGCGAAAUGAAACAGCGGUAUCUUCGGAAUCUUAUGCAGAUGGAAGCUAUUAAGUCGAAAAUGACUAGGAUGGAGGCCAUGGUAAAAGAGCGACAAGAGAAGGGCGCAAUGACUCCGGAGGAGCUCAGGAAGUAUCAGGAAAGCAAAACCCAAGAUCAGAAGACGUACGUAGAGGCACAACGGUUCCUCGAAAGUGUUCGCGGACAGAUGAAGGCGUCUCAAAAUGUGGGAGCGUCGGGGCCGAGUGCCCAACAGGGUCGACCACAGCCCAUGCAGAACCAACCUACCCACCCUAUGCAAGCAGCAACCGCGUCUGUGAAUGCAGCGAUGGACGCAGCGAAGAGCCAGCAACUGGCAGCCUCCCGCGCAACGGUCCCCGCCGGACAGCCGCAGCAACAGCAGCAGCCACAACAGCAACCGCAACAGCAGCAGCCUCAGGUCCAACCUCAGGCUCAACCUCAGGCUCAACUACAGCCGCAACCACAUCAACCUCAGCAGCAACACCAGCAACAGCAUCCCGGGACUCCUGCUACUCCCGCUACACCUUCCACAGGAUCACAACUUCAACAACAACAACAACACCAGCAGCAGCAGCAACACCAGCAGCAACACCAGCAGCAACACCAACAACAACUCCAGCAGCAGCUGCAGCAGCAAUCUCAGUCGCAUCCCGCGCCUACCAAUCAACCUCAAAUUAAGAGUGAACCUUCCAACAACAUGCCGCAUCCGCCACCGGUUAACACUGCUCUUGCUGCCGCUACCGCUUCGGCGCACAUGCCUUCCGCGGGAACACCAACCCAAGCCUCAGCGCGUGUCCAGACUCCCCAAUCUGCAGGGCAAGUGACGGGAUCCCAAGUCCGUCCACUAACUCAUGCCGCUGCAGUUAACCGUGCCAAUUCGUCGACUAAUAUCACCGGUCAAGCGACUAACUCAUCCGGCGGUGUUGCAUCAACACCUGGGUCUGCUGGCUUAGUUAGUAACGCGAAUCAUCCUGCUCACUCUCACGCACACCCACAAUCCACCACUCCUGCGAUGAAUCCCAAGAUGCCUAUCAGUAAGAACCUGCCACCCAAAGCGACGGAGAUUCCACAGGCCGUCAACAUCGGUGGAGGCAACACUGCCGGCCGUCCAUCGUACGGUGGUGGUAGUGCAACCGGGGGUGGAACUAUGAGCCAGCCCGUUAUUUCUAAAAUGCCCCCUCCCCAGUUCGAUGCCGAAGGCGAACACGUGCUGUCCAAGAAGAAGCUCGACGAACUGGUUCGCCAGGUUUGCGGUGGCGGUUCCCCCGGUGCUGACGGCAACUACCUAACCCCCGAUGUUGAAGAGUCCGUCCUUAGCGUUGCCGAUAAUUUUGUCGACAACGUCCUACACACAGCUUGUCGUCUGGCCAAGGAACGAGGCAGUAAGGUGCUCGAAAUCCGGGACAUUCAGCUUGUUCUCGAGCGAGUUUACAAUAUCCGCAUUCCUGGAUACACGUCGGACGAGUUACGAACUGUGCGCAAGGUGCAGCCUUCAGCUAACUGGAUAUCCAAGGUGCAUGCUGUUCAGGCCGCCAAGGUGAUGCCUGGUAAGGACGACAAAUAGAAUAUGCCUCCUGCCGCCGGCAGAUCUCGAGGACGGCGUGUCCCGCGUACCGUGUUUGCGCAGACGAAACCCGGAGCUACUACUUCUACUGAUGCGGAUACGGGUGAAACUGCCGCCGCCGGCCAGAAGCGCAAGAGACCGACUAAUGAUGCGGGACAGUGAAGGAGGCUUUACCUGUCUACGAUACUACGAUGAACUGGUUAAUUUAUCCCUAGUGAGGAAAUGGAGUUAUCGGUUCGGACGAUGGUUCUGUGGUAUGGACUGGUUUAGGAAGGGAAGGGAAGGGAAGGAUGAACCAUAGUAUCAUCUUGGCUUGGCGUUUCGGUGGCUUUUAGUCGUUCCGCGAUGAAUUCUUCUUUGCACUUUACACUCAGGUUUUGACUCCAGGCGUCACCGCUGGUUUCUAUCAGGUAAAACUUUAUACAGAAUGAUUGCGGCGCCAGAUGCGACUUGAUAUUGGCCAACGCACAUCGUGAUUUGCAUUACUAAUACCUGC